AUGGAGCCCGCGACCUCCCCGUACUCACCUGUAAGGCGCUCUGCCCGUAGCACCGCCGGCGUGCCUGCGCCCAGCGACGAUAUGGUGUACUACAGGCCUGGAACCUCCUCCUCACCCCCCAACGCUCGCCAUGCUCGUGGACCGUCGCCCUCUAUUGCGGGCGCGCGCGGCGACGACCCGGACACCGAUACGAAGUAUUUGCCGUGGGCGGACCGCCAGGAUGAGCGCCUGGACGUCGAAGACGACGAUGAGGAAGAAGACAACUGGAUGCCGGAAGAGGAACCUGUGGACGAGGAUGCGGAGGGUAACCCUGCUUUACCUCGCGACGUUGCCGCUAUGUGCACUCAAGCGCAACCAAUCAUAUCGGGCCGCUCUGUCGACCAACCCAUGCCACUUCAUGCUUUCCAUCCGCCCGUCCGCCUCCCCCCACCCCCCCCCCCUCCCCCGUGUUUCGCAGCGGAGCAGCGCGAGGUUCGCCCACUCUCCGAGGUGAUCGCGUCCUCCACGCAGGCAACGUCCGAGGAACAACGCCCCGGUGGACGUGGCCCGACAUUGAACCGUCGUGGAACCGCUUCAGCAAAUGCACCAGGCAACCCCGGCGCUGCCCUUGACAACGCGAUUGCCGGGCGGGUCGCAGAACAGGAACGGCGCAUUCACGAGCUGAACCAGACCAUUGAGAGGCUUGAGGGGAAUCGAGCUGCUGCCGCGCGCCCCGCUUCUCCGCGUGCAACAAACCGGCCCAGCCGCGCGCAUGACGCGGCUGUGGACGAGCCCACACCGUGUCGCCAGCGCACAGCGGCGGGCCGGGCCGUUGUCGAGGACAUGAUAAAGAUAUUGACGUACGACACGUCCGUCGCACAGCUCACCUUUUGGAUGCCGCCAUCCCUGCUCGAACGCCUCUUUGAUGUAUAG